AGUGAUAGGGAGGAGGGGGCAGGAAAAAAAAAUCUAAGUCAUUUCCUGUUCAGGUUCAUUUCCUGGUUAAGACCCAGUUAUCAGCUGCUGUGCUGUCCCCAUACACAAUAUCCCAUCCUAAUUCUCCAUGGAUCCCAGCGCUCCCCAUCACCGCAGCGCCCUGCUGCUGCCUUCAUCCUAGGGGACACGUGGAACUUAUAUUUAGAUCGCUAUUAAUAGGGUGUCAGAGCUGUUGAAUGAAAUUAUUCCCCUGAUCCAGAGGGAAAAGGAUCAUAUUUUUGUCCCCUGCGGAAGCCUGCUGUUUGGGGGUCAAGGACAUGAAGAAGUUUUUUGACUCCCGGCGUGAAUUGGGCGGAUCUGGACCCGGGGUUGGUAGUGGCUCCUGCAGUGGCCUGGGUACCGGAUAUAUUGGCAGAGUCUUUAACAUCGGGAGGCAUCAAGUCACGGUGGAUGAGGUGUUGGCAGAAGGUGGAUUUGCGCUGGUCUUCCUGGUACGCACCAGCAAUGGUAUGCGGUGUGCACUCAAGCGCAUGUAUGUGAAUAAUGAACAUGACCUUCAGGUUUGCAAGAGAGAGAUUCAAAUCAUGAGGGAUCUCUCUGGGCACAAGAACAUUGUUGGUUACAUAGACUCCAGUAUUAAUUCUGUGAGCAGUGGAGAUGUGUGGGAGGUGCUGAUCCUCAUGGACUUCUGCCGAGGGGGGCAAGUAGUAAAUCUAAUGAACCAGCGUUUGCAGACUGGAUUCACAGAGAACGAGGUUCUGCAGAUCUUUUGCGACACAUGCGAAGCGGUGGCUCGCCUCCAUCAGUGCAAAAGUCCCAUCAUCCACCGGGACCUGAAGGUGGAAAAUAUCUUACUACAUGACCGUGGUCACUAUGUCCUGUGCGACUUUGGAAGUGCAACUAACAAAUGUCAAAACCCUCAGACUGAAGGUGUUGCCACUGUGGAAGAUGAGAUUAAAAAGUACACCACGCUUUCCUAUCGUGCCCCAGAGAUGGUGAAUCUUUACAGCGGCAAAGUUAUCACUGCCAAGGCUGAUAUCUGGGCCCUGGGAUGUUUGCUAUACAAGGUGUGUUUUUUCACCCUUCCAUUUGGAGAGAGCCAGGUCUCUAUUUGUGAUGGGAAUUUCACCAUCCCUGACAACUCCCGCUAUUCCCACGACAUGCACUGCCUCAUCCGGUACAUGCUUGAGCCGGAUCCAGACAAGAGACCGGAUAUAUACCAAGUUUCCUAUUUUGCCUUUAAGCUAGCAAAAAGGGAGUGCCCUGUACCAAAUACUCUUGACUCUGCCAUCCCUGCAAAGCUGCCUGAGCCAGUGAAAGCAGGAGAAGCUGCUGCUAAGAAAUCCCAACCCAAGACCAGGCUAACUGAUCCUGUACCAACAACUGAAACCUCAAUUGCUCCUCGCCAGAGGCCAAAAGCUGGUCAGACUCAGCCGAACCCUGGGAUGCUUCCAAUCCAGCCAGCUCUAACACCCAGGAAACGGCCCACGGUGCAGCCAGCCCCCGCCACACCAGUUGUAGCAGGCAGCAUUCAGCCCACGGCCCCUGCCGCAGUGCAGCCCACCGCAAAGCCAGCGUCACAGCCCCAACAGCAACCUAAGCCGGCCCAACCUUCCCCACAGCCCGCCACCCCAGUGACUGCGGCUCCACAGGCUGCAGUUCCGGCACAGACUCCGACAGCACCAACUGCACAGCCGGCGCCUCAUCCCCAACAGCAGCAGCUAUAUCUCCAACAGCAAUUACAGCAGCAACAGGCAGCUGCUUUAUAUCAGCAGCAAAUGCUGCAAGCGCAACAAAUCCAGGCCAUGCAGCAGCAGCAGAUCCUCCAAGCCUACUACCUACAGCAGCAGCAACUCCUGGCACAACAAGCUGCAAUGCAGCAGAAAGUAGUGGCCCCAUUGCAAGCGUCUUUACCCACCCAGCCACAGACCUUGCCGGCCUCUGCUCAGAUACCUGCUGCCCAGGAUCAGGGGAUGAGAGCCUCCCAGAUAAAUCAGCCAGCAGCAGCACAGCCCACGGCAGGGCCUAAGCUGGGAUCCCUCACUCCCCCCUCCUCUCCUAAGACGCAGCGCGGAGGACACAGGAGGAUCCUGAGCGAUGUCACACACAGCGCAGUCUUCGGAGUGCCUGCUAGUAAAUCUACACAACUACUCCAGGCUGCAGCAGCAGAAGCAAAUCUCAAUAAAUCAAAGUCAGCUACAACAACCCCCUCUGGGUCACCAAGAACUUCACAGCAGAAUGUCCACAACCCCCCAGAGUCCUCUGGCUGGAACCCGUUUGAUGACGAUAACUUCUCCAAACUCACUGCAGAGGAACUACUCAAUAAGGACUUUGCUAAGCUAGGCGAUAGUAAAGCUCCGGAGCAACUGAACAGCUCAGCAGAGGACCUCCUGUCAGGCUUUCCAGCUCCCCCUGCUGUGUCUCAGGCAGAUGCUUUUGGACCUUCUCUGUUCUCCAGUGGAGCAGCUGUGGAUAAACCUCUAGACGUGCAGGGGCAGGAUUCCAGCCCUCCGCUGCACAAAACGCCAGACCCCUUCUUACCUCUUCCUCUGUCUGACACCCCAGAGAAACUGAUUGAGGGUCUCAAAUCACCGGAACCCCAGCUUCUGCUUCCUCACCUUGUACCACUGGCAGACCCAUUUGGGAGCACCUCUACAGCUGUGAAUGGGAAAGCUGAGCCUGUGGUGGAGAGCCUAAUUCCUGGGCUGGAGCCUCCGAUGCCUCAGCGCCUCAUGUCCCAGGCCGACUCCAUCGCUUCAAAUCGCACAGACUCCCUUACCGGGGAGGACUCUCUGCUCGACCUCUCUAUUCUGUCUAACCCAGCGGCUGACCUUCUCGACGAGUUUGCACCUGUAACUCUCUCUGCUCAAGCAUCUUCAGACGAUACUAACCUCCUAGCUGGCUUUGAUAUCCCGGAUGAAACAGAAAAAAGAGCGGAUGAUGAAUUUGACCCUAUUCCAGUACUGGUUUCCAAAAAUUCCCAAGGUCCUCACGCUAAUAACAGCAGUGGGAACUCUGAGUCCAGCCUACCAAACAUGACCAGGUCUCUUCUACUGGUGGAUCAGCUCAUAGACUUGUAAACUGCACACAUUGCUAGCAAAAAUCCCCCCUUUCCCCCCCCCCCCCCCACAGAGGAGUAACCCUACAUAUUUAUAUAUAGAUAGGUAGAUAUAUGUACAUCUCUUUAUUUUUUAUUUCGACCUUCUGUGCACAUCAGUAUAGUGUGGAUCUGCUAAGGAGCCUCUGGCUGACUCUUAAUACAUAUCCUUGCCGACUUUAACGUCUUGUACAAACUGCUUCCGUCUUAAGCGAUAGAAAAGAUCUGUGUUGUGGAUGAACUGUGCGGAAUAGAAGACUGUGCGACAGGUGGGGUGACGGAGGAGUCCCGUGUGCUUAAGCUGUGGAGAUAUAAAAGCUUUGUGUUUCUUGUAUCCCAACCUUCCUCUUAAAGACUCUACUCAUCAACUGACCUCGAUGGUUGAUACGUUUUUAUGUUCCAGCCUCUUAUCAGCAUUUCCAGGAUGGAUAUAUUGUUCUAAGCUCUGGGUUUUCAGCAAACAAAGAAAAAACAUUCCCCACACGCAACUCUCCUUUCGCUGUCCUGAGAUAUGGGUGUAAUUGCCACAGUGCGUAAAGAGAACAGUACGAUGUUGCCUGGUAGUAUAGCAUGCAUUGAUAGAGAUGGCAGCGAUGAUGGAAGACUUGCAGAGUGAAUCACAUUCAGUACCUGAAUUAUUGAGUUGGCUUCUUUGUGUGUGUUGUAAUAACGCCGUGAUUUGCAUCGAUUUUCCCGGCAUCUUUUAAAAUAGUAAAUUUUAUUCAGUGCAAAUCUUGGCAUGGGUUCAUAUAUUUUCUAACCCAACCUUUUAAUAAUAAUAAUUGCUGUUUUAAAAGCUGCUUGGGAAAACCGUGCUGUUCAAUAAAUCAGGCCCACUUCUUAGGAUGCAGAAUACGGAAGGUAUAUAUUGGCUUGGAAAUAUUUUAACCGUUUUAGUGAUUACACUGCUGGGCCACAACAGGGAACUGAAUGGAAGCCGUCCUGUUCCGCAUAAUGAACCUGUUUAUACGGAGAAAUGAAAAGACACCUGCAAUGUUAGCAGACAACUGUCUUCUGUCAUGUGACUGUGCAAUAUUGUCAUGAAGGAAAAUGAUAAGUUCUUGUCUGGCUGCUAAUAAUCGGAUCAGGUGACAGUUGCAUAAUAUUAAUUGGGGUAAGAAGAAAUCAUUAGUAAAUUAUAUUUUACAGUAAGACGGGAAGAGGCAAUAUUUAAAAUUAAAAUAGUUAAAGUAAAGAAUUCAGUAAACAUAACCGCGGCUGUGUGUGCUAAUAAGGGACACGUAUGAGGUGGGUAAUGUUAAAACAGAGUUCUCAUUCUCAGAGCAGUUAUCUGAUUAUUCAUUGCUCACUACUAUAGCUUGCUAUGCAUUCCGGAUUUUCAUGCAAGCGUAGGGUACGUCAUAAAACGCUUGACCUAAGUAUUAGUUACGUACAGCAUAACGUGAAGACUAAAGUUGUGGCACCUAAAUAUUUGUGCAGCAACACAUUUACUUAUGAAACGGAUACCGCUAUCCUGCAUCCUACCAAUGAAGCAUGAGCCUCUUUAUAUAUCUUUAGCUGUAAGUUUUGGGUUUUGCAUAUGUGACACAAGAUUGCCUGUUGUGCUUUAUAUCAAACAAUUGGUAAGUAGUACAAAGAUUGGAAAGUAGCAAACAAACUAUAAAGCAAAGAAACGGACAUCACUGCAUCUCUGAUUUAUAUAUCAGCGUAAAAAAAAAAAAAUUGCAUUGCCAGAAGAAUUAAGUCCCCAAUAUUUGUUUUUACACCGAUUUUCUGUAUUUUAAAAUAAAAUACAAAAACUUUAUUUUAUUUUAUUUAUUUUAUUUUUUUUUGGGGGGGGGGGUAAAUUGUUAAACAUACAAACAGGGAUACUUGUCUAAUAACAUUGCAAAACUCCUACAAAGUGUCAAAUGUGGGUUUCACCAUCUGUGACAAAUCUUACCAUUGGCCUCGGUGUCGCCGCCCUGCAUGUCGGAUAAAUUUUGUCUGACCCCAUACUCUUCUUUCUAUUUUAUUUUUUGUUAUGAAAAGAGAAGUAUUUAAAUAUGUAUCUGUGUGUGUGUGUGUGUGUGUGUGUGUGUGUGUGUGUGUGUGUGUGUCAUGCAAGGGUCAGCGUAAUCUCUAUUUGUGCAGAUGUCUGUGAGAGAGUUUCUAAUAUAUCUGUAUGAUACACAAGUGAUAUUAAUGUAUGUAUGUAUGUAUAAAAAAAAAUCUGUAUGAUCAAUGAGUUCUGAUGUCAUCGCUUAUAACCAGUGAGUUCUGAUGUCAUCACUUCAGUGUUCACUAGGGAAGCUUGCAUAUUAUAAGGAGUAAUGCACCCCCUACUGUAAAACAUAACAGACGUAAGUCACCAUGGAUUUAUACGGCACAGGACUCAGCGACCUGUAAUCUAAAUAUCAUAUACAGCAGGGAGUGGAUGAUACCAUAUAUAUUGUACGCUAAAAGGUACACAUAUGGCUGGAGUGGCAUGUGUCUGAAUGUCUGCCAUGUGCUGGAAUUUGAUGUAUGUAAAUAAAAUAAUGCCUUCUAAGAGCCCUUUCACACGUGCAGAAACGUGUGUUUUAAAUUAUGUGUUAAUUAAAACAUUAUGACAAAUGCACACUCGACAGUGCAAUGUGAGAACGUAGGUUUUUGAACUUGUCUCCUAAAUGAAGGCGUUAGGCACUUACGCUGCCAAACUAAAAUAAUAAGUUCAAGAUCCCUUAAAUAUGCACAUUUAGCAAAUUCACACGUUUAUCACACAGAUGUAUUACAUUGGAAUUCAGGCUUAAUGCAUGUUUUGGAACAUGUGGAAGGGCUCUAAGUUUGUGGGGACCCCUCUAUAACAAAUUUCUACCUGUGUCCAACAUGCCUAUCUUCCUUUAUUGUUCUAUAUUAUAUUGGGGGAGGGGGAAGUGUUCUCAUCCCGGGAGCUUUGAUCAUUACUGUAGGAACUAAUCCUUUAGUGAAGUGGUUGGUAGAAUUUUCACUUGUGUAUAUAUAAAUAUAUAAAUAUAUUUUAGUCCAUGCUCCUCCUUCUCCUGUUCAGAUUCUCCAGUUCCUUCCUGAGUUUUCCAUAAAAAGAAGUAGAGAUGAAGAUAAGAUGGCCAAUGUGGCAAUACAACCUGCACAUUUCCUGAUUGUAUAGUAGAAUCCGAUCUAUUUCUGUGAAUUAAAGUAUUUUAAACAAUG